AUGUCAUUACAUUUUAUGAAUCAUAUUGAAAAUAUUCCAUUAGUUCGAAAGUAUAGUCCAUUAAUGUGUGAUAUUCUUUUGGAAUUACGAAAUUCUGGUGAAUAUUGUGAUGUUAUUUUACGUACGGAUGAUCAACAUCUUUUUAAUGUUCAUCGAGCUAUACUUUGUUCAUGUAGUUCAUUUUUUCGAGCACUUUUCACAAAUGGAAUGAAUGAAACAACAGAUCAAAUCGUUGAUAUUCAUGAUAUUAAUGGUGAUAUAAUGGAUUUAAUUAUUGAUUAUGUCUAUACACAUGAAAUAAAACUAAAUGAAAAUAAUAUUUUUGAAAUUUUAUUAGCUGCUAAUCAAUUACAAGUCUUAGAAUUAUUUUCUUUAUGUGAAAAUUAUUUACAUGAUAAACUUAAUCCAGAAAAUAUCUUAGGUAUUCGAGAAUUUGCAUCAUUUUUUUUUUGUAAAAAACUUUAUGAACAAACACAAAUUUAUCUUUUAACUAAUUUUACGGAAAUAUCGAUAAAAAGUGAAGAAUAUUUGGAAUUAAAACUUGAACAAAUUAUUGAUAUACUCAAUUCUGAUGAAUUAAAUGUUAAAAGUGAAGAAGCUGUUUUUGAUGCUAGUAUACGAUGGAUCGAUUGGAAAAUUGAUGAGAGAAAAAAAAACAUUGUCGAUUUACUUAAAUGUGUUCGAUUGGGUUUAUUAACAACGAAUUUUUUUAUUGAAAAAGUCAAAUGUCAUCCAUAUAUAGUCAAUAAUGAAGCUUGUAAACCAUUAGUUAUUGAUACAUUAAAAUAUCUGUAUGAAUUAGAUGUUGAUACUUAUCAAGACUCACUGGUACAAAAUCCAAUUGCUAGACCGCGUGUGCCACAUGAAAUACUUUUUGUGUGUGGUGGAUGGUCAGGAGGAAGUCCAACAUCAGCAAUUGAAUUAUAUGAUACGCGCGCUGAUAAAUGGAUUCAAUUACCAUUUAAUGAUAAAUUUUCUCGUGCUUAUCAUGGAAUAGUAACAAUUAAUGGUUUAAUUUAUAUUAUUGGUGGUUUUGAUGGAAUGGAUUAUUUUAAUUCAUGUCGAGUUUUUAAUUCACAAAUAUUUCAAUGGAAUGAGAUUGCACCUAUGAAUGUUAAACGUUGUUAUGUAAGUGUUGCUGUACUUGAUGGAUUUAUUUAUGCAAUGGGAGGUUUUGAUGGUCAUUUACGACAAAAUACUGCUGAAAGAUAUUCACCUAUAUCUAAUCAAUGGCUUCCUAUUCCAUCAAUGCAUGCUCAACGAUCAGGUUUUUUUAUUUUUGAAAAAUUAUUUCCAUAUAAUAUAUAUAUUUAUAUUCUUCAAGAUGCAUCAGCAACUGUUCUUCAAGAUAGAAUAUAUAUUUGUGGUGGUUUUAAUGGACAAGAAUGUAUGAAUAGUGCUGAAUAUUUUGAUCCAAAAACGAAUCAAUGGACAUUAAUUGCACCGAUGCGUAAUCGACGAUCGGGUGUUGGUGUAAUUGCUUAUCGUAAUUCAAUUUAUGCAUUAGGUGGAUUUAAUGGAUCAACACGAAUGACAUCUGGCGAAAGAUAUAAUCCAAAAACGAAUACUUGGAUGUCUAUAUCUGAUAUGUACAAUCCUAGAAGUAAUUUUGCUAUUGAAAUAGUGGAUGAUUAUUUAUUUGUUAUUGGCGGAUUUAAUGGUGUAACAACUAUAUUUAAUGUUGAAUGUUUUGAUGAUAUAACUGAAGAAUGGUAUGAUGCAGCUGAUAUGAAUGUAUUUCGUUCAGCUCUAUCAGCUUGUGUACUUUCGGGUCUUGAUACUAUUCGAAAUUUAAUAACAUUUGCACGACAACAAAUACUUGAUGAACAAAAAUCUAAAAAUCUAAAUAUAACCAAUACAGACCCAACUCAACCAUCGAUUAUGCCUGUUGGUACUUUAUCAGCAGCUGUUGGUGCAUUAUCAGCGACAAUUGAUAAUAUAAUAACAAAUUAA